CAAGCAGGCGUUGGGAGGGGGGGGGGGGACAGCAGCAGCAUCGGCGCCCCAGCCCUCCGAGGGAGAGACAGCAGUAAGGGAGGGAGGGAGAGAGCCGGGGGAACACCCUCCCUCCCACCAUUCUCACCACUAUGGGUCCGGCCCCCCACUCCCACAGCCCCUCCACCAGCCGGGGCUAGGAUACCCCUAAACCCUGAGGGCCCCUUGGCACCGACUCCCCAUCAGAGACAGAGACACAGCCGCCACCACCGCUGCCGCAGCCUGGCUGGGGAGGGGGCCAGCCCCCUAGGCCCCCUACCCCACUGAGGUGGCCAGCAUGGAGCUGUGGCCAGGGCCAUGGACAAUGCUGCUGUUCUUUCUAUUGCUACUUUUGCUGCUGGUGCCUGUACUCUGGGGUUACAGCACCAGUGCCAAGUACUUCUGCAAAAUGGCCUUCUACAACGGCUGGAUCCUUUUCCUGGCAGUGCUGGCCAUUCCUGUGUGUGCUCUUCGAGGACGAAACGUGGAGAACAUGAAGAUCCUUCGACUAAUGCUGCUGCACAUCAAGUACCUGUAUGGGAUCCGGCUGGAGGUUCGAGGGGCCCAUCACUUCCCCCCCUCCCAGCCCUAUGUUGUUGUCUCCAACCACCAAAGCUCCCUUGACCUACUAGGAAUGAUGGAGGUGCUCCCAGGUCGUUGUGUACCCAUUGCCAAGCGGGAACUGCUAUGGGCUGGGCCAGCAGGGCUAGCGUGCUGGUUGGCUGGAGUCAUCUUCAUUGACCGGAAACGGACUGGGGACGCAAUCAGUGUCAUGGCUGAAGCUGCGCAAACUCUGCUCAGCCAGAACGUCCGAGUUUGGGUUUUCCCUGAGGGUACCAGGAACCACAAUGGCUCUAUGCUUCCCUUCAAACGUGGCGCCUUCCACCUUGCUGUUCAGGCCCAGGUCCCUAUUAUUCCCAUUGUCAUGUCCUCCUAUAAAGACUUCUACUGCAAGAAAGAACGGCGCUUCACCUCAGGAACAUGUCAGGUACGGGUGCUUCCCCCUGUAGCCACAGAAGGGCUGACUCCAGACAACGUGCCGGACCUCGCUGACAGAAUCCGUCACUCCAUGCUCACAGUUUUUCGGGAGAUCUCUACUGAUGGCCGGGGAGGGGGUGACUAUCUAAAGAAACCUGGUGGGGCUGGUGAGGCUGGCCCUUGAGCCUUCCUCCUACCACUCCUCCACGUUCCCUCCCCAAGCCUAAUGGUCCCUGGACUGGGCCUGACUCCCUCUUCACUUCCCCCAUCCCAUUUCUCCUUUAUGGUACAGCCAAGCCACUCCUCCCAUAAUUCUCUACUCCGAAUCUUCAGCUUCCGAAGUGGACAUGGACAAAGCGCUUUUCUUCCACCCUUUUUCCUCUUUCUUCCCAAUCCCUUUCUGGAUUUUCCCGACUACACACUCCCUCUCAUCUUAUUUGUGGAACAUUCUGCUCCCCUCUCUGUCUCCUGAGUGGUAUGUUCCAUUAGGCAUGGACCAUUCCCACCCCAUAGUGGAAGAUCCCUCUUCUCCCCACCCAUGAUUUGUGUACUCAUCCGCCUCUAUGGAAGUGCUCUGUUCUUUCUCUUCUACCCCCUUCCCAACUCUCUGGAUGCAAAUGGACUUAUCCAACUCGGGGGCGCAGACUCGAGGAAGACCCCAGACGAGAGCUCCUCUUUGCACCCCUUACCCCAAUGAAUUUUUGUGGAGUCCUCUUUCCUAGGGACUUGUACCUUCCCCUUUUUCUUGGUACAGUCCAUUUUGCCGGCGAUACUCAUUUUCCACUGACACAAAGAAUUCCUUGUUCUUUCCCUUCUUCUCUUCCUUUUCCUUCUCCUCCUCCCUUUCGACUUGUGGGUGGCACACUCCAGAGAUAGUACACUCUUAAAAAUUCCCCUGGAGAAGCAGGAGACCAGCCCAACCCAGUCCUUUUCCAACACAGUCCUUAGGCCUUAGGCCCAGACCUUUGGGAAGGGUGGAGUUACAGGUGCUGCAUUAAUUUCUUACUCUAGGACGUUUGGUAGGAAGAGCUGAAAGCUGAUUAGAGGGAGCUGGAGUAGGUUUUAAUUUAUUUUUCUUUCCUUUGCUGCUGAGGAGCUGCCCUUCCCCCACCUCCCAUUGUCCAGAUUGGCAGCCAAAAGCUCUCAGUGUUAAAAGUCCAAAGGGAAAGGCUCGAGGCUGAUUAUAAAAAGGGGUAGAGGAGAAUCCCAGCCAAAUCUAGGCUUCCUUGCCUAGCAGCCAUUCCCAGCCUAGAAGAGGAUCCCAGCCUUAAGUAGCACAUCCCCAUUUGGGUGGGAGGGGAAAAGAGAAGCCCCAUUCUUGUUUUGGGGGAACUCAGUCCUGCUGAUGCCCUUUCCCCAACCUGAUGAGCAUUAAUGAGAGGGUGGGUGGGGAAAGAAGGACCAUUUGAUGGUCCUACUCUUUCCCCCACCCCAGGCCAGUGUGAUCUGGGGAGGUGAGGGGACUCCCUGACAUUUCUCCCAACUGGUUCUGCUUUUCCUCCCAAGGCCUCCGUAUUCCAGUAAUCUCCCCUAUCACGGGUACCAGGACUGCCCUUUCCUCCUUUCCAAAUACUCUCCUCUCCUACCUCAAGAGGGUGGGACUGGAGGGGAUGAAAGAGGCAGUCCAAGAGUUUGCUUGGCUCCGAUGGUUUUUAUUAUCUGGAUUAAUAGCGAAAUAUGGAGAAUAAAGGGAGAUGGAAGGAC